GGAAAAUGGGGGAUAGUGAGUUCGCUUCUUCAUGUGAAUCCCGUCAUGCAGGUGAUGUGAUGAAUGAGAAAGAAAUGUGGUUCAGACGAAUGAGUGAAGAAGUGUCAUUCAGUGGUGAAGAUGGAAUGAAGAAGAGUGAUGCGUCGGAGUCUACCUUCAUCUGUCCCGUGUGUAAAUUUCGUGCUCGUUGGUUCAGUGAGUUGCGUGCUCAUAUGGUGAACCAUUCUGAGCAUCGGAUGUUUGGCUGUUGUUACUGUCAGUAUCGAGCCAAGUGGAAAUGGGAUGUGGCGAAGCAUAUGCGUCGAUGUCCACUGGGUCGUCAUGUCUCUCACCUUCCCAAUGAGGCGUUGUUGAGGAUAGUUAAGUAUCAUGCACCUCGAGAAGGAGAUAUAUUGUAUGGUUAUUUCCCACAGAGUGGAUUUCCUGGAGUGGGAAUUGACCAUCCUCCGACUCCACCGAGUAGUGUGAUGAAUCAUGGAUAUGAGAGGUUGGGUAAUGAAGGUGUGUGUGAUUUGGGUGAUGAUGCUGGUGUGAAUGGUGUUACUGAAUUUGAUGGAGUCAGUGGAUGUGAGGAGUUGGUGCAGGAUGAGGAGAGGAAUAAAUGUGAUUCAGCUAGUCGGGUGGAAGGCAAGUGUCCAUUGUGUGAAUUUCAUUCGACGGAUAAGACUGAGUUUCAAUUGCAUUGGAAUUCGCAUUGUCCAUACAUGGAAUGAUACACUGAUGAUUGAAUUCAACGAGAUGUUGACCUGUUUUCUAUGGUAUGGUAUGGUAUGGUAUGAUGUGGUGUGGUGUGCAAGUGAGUAAAGGAAACAGCAAUAACGAACUAGC